CCAUACUAUAUUGUUCACACAUAUCCUGUUUUUUCAAGAAGGAACCGGAGUCCUGAUGGUGAUUAGUUCUAGUACUAGUAGUAACGUUAAUUUGCAGUUGCAAGUUUUCAGCCCAAAGUUGAUCAGAAGAGAAGAAGUUUGAAGAGUGCCGUUGCAUCUGUGGAGGAGGAGCCCGUCAGCACGCAUACGGAUCCCGUGUCGUCCUUGAUGAUCUUCAGUUAAAGUGGGCGUUGUAUCUCCCGUUUUCUUCUUCCAUUAACGGUGGCAAGGCCAAAACAAGACCUGCGAGAAACCGGCGAGAAAAAUAAAAGAACGAAGAGAAAACAAGAGACACCUGACAGGGGGAAAGAGAGAGGAGGAAGCAAAGCGCGGCGCACACACCUGCACAAGCUUUCCCACCACCACCGCUGCGCUACCACCAGAAGAGCGACAAAAGAGGAGGGAGGUGGAGGAGUCCGUGGAGCGGGGGGAGGAGUGGCGGUGGGGCGAGGGGAGCGAGACAGAGAGAGAGAUCGAGAUGGGCGGCAUUCCAAGGAUCCAGGCCGCCGCCGCCGCCGUGUUCUUCUUCUUCAUCCUCCUGUCGCGGCCGCCGCCGGUGUCGUGCGCCGACCUGUACGCGGUGGUCUACAAGGGCUGCGCCAACCAGACUUUCCCCGGAGGGAGCCCGCCGGCGACGGUGGCCGCGCUCUCCUCCACGCUGGCGACGCAGUCCGCCUCCGCCAAGUUCUACAAGACCUCCUCCGCCCCGGUCUCCUCCUCGUCCGCCGCCGUCUUCGGCCUCUUCCAGUGCCGCGGCGACCUCUCCGGGCCCGACUGCUCCUCCUGCGUCUCCCGCGCCAUGUCCUCCUGGUCCCAGCUCUGCGGGCCCUCCGUCGCGGCGCGGGUCCAGCUCAACGGCUGCCUCGCGCUCUACGAGGUCGCCGGCUUCCCCCAGGUCUCCGGCACCCAGAUGCUCUUCAAGACCUGCGGCACCGGCGGCGGGGACGGCGACUUCGAGAUGCGCCGGGACACCGCCUUCUCGCAGCUCGAGGGCGGCGCCGGCACCACCGCCGGCGGCUUCUUCGCCACCAGCUACCAGCAGGUCUACGCCCUGGCGCAGUGCGAGGGCGACCUCUCCAAUGUCGACUGCAGCAGUUGCAUCACACAGGCCGUGCAGCACGUCGAGGUCGAGUGCGGCGGCGCGCCCUCCGGCCAGGUGUACCUUGACAAGUGCUACAUUACCUACAGCUACUACCCCCACGGCGUUCCCCAUGGCGGCGGCCUCGGAGGGCAGCAGACAGCGAAGACUGUAGCCAUCGUGCUGGGUGGAGCCUUGGCUCUGGGUUUCUUGGUCAUCUGCUUGCUCUUCGCCAGAAGUCUGGUCAAGAAGAAGGACGAUUACUGACGAGGACGCAUGGAGCAACUGGACAAACAAAAGCAUUGGGGCAUGGUGUGCCUUUCGACUGGGGUGUUGGACGUUUGUGUUCUUCAAGAUGGUGGUGGUGGUGAGUGGGAUACAGAGGGGAUUGUUUUUUGGCUCUUCUUCCUCUGGCCAUGUGAGGGCGCCAUCCCGCAUGCUGAGAGAGAGGGGGGAAGGAAGUUCAGAAAAAAGAAACUGUUCUUUUGGAUCAUAAAUCAAUUGGAAGAUGAUUUGCCUGGGCUGUUUCACCUUUGCCCUCUCUCUUGUUUAACUAGGGCUCUGGGAGUAAAUUUGGAUUCUUUCCUCAAAAGGAAAUACAUGUAGGUCUAGGCAGAAAGUAAUCUAGUCUCUCUUGUUAUUCAGGGUUUGCAGCUGUAGAUCCAGACUCUGACCUGGUCGGGGUUGUUAUUAUGGGAGUUGCUCCGUGUGUUCUAGGUAGAACAAGGGUUUUAACUUAGUUUAUUUUUUCAUUAGCUUUAGCUGAUCGAAACCUGCUGCUGACUGGUUGAAGCUAUUUUGUCAGAAAUGUCCGAAAGUAUUGUAGAAAAAUGUGCCUCGUCUGGCGUGUCAAAUGUCAUUCUUCAGACAUCCUGCGUUGA